AAAAUCAUGCUUUCUGCUUCUGUUUCAGCUGUUCUCUGAGGUAGAUGUGAAGCUGGUAUUCAAGGAAGUUACUUCCAAACUUUUGCGGAAACGAAUUGUGGAGAGAGGUAAGAGAAGUGAUGGCAGGACCCCUCAGGAGAUACGGGUAAUUGACGCACGCUGUGGACUGCUUCCCAGGGCACAUGGGAGUGCUCUCUUCACUCGAGGCGAAACACAGUCAUUGGCGGUGGUAACACUCGGUGAUAAGCAAAUGGCACAGAAGAUAGACAACCUUGUGGAUGAUGAUGAAUACAAGAGAUUUUAUCUUCAGUAUUCGUUUCCACCCUCAUGCGUUGGUGAAGCUGGGCGUGUAGGGGCACCAUCAAGAAGAGAAAUUGGUCAUGGAAUGCUUGCAGAGAGAGCUCUUGGACCAAUACUGCCUCCUGAAGAUGACUUCCCUUACACUGUUCGUGUUGAGAGUACCAUCACUGAAAGCAAUGGCUCAUCGAGUAUGGCAUCUGUAUGUGGUGGGUGCUUAGCAUUGCAAGAUGCUGGUGUUCCUGUUAAGUGUUCUAUCGCUGGUAUUGCAAUGGGUAUGGUUCUGGACACAAAGGAAUUUGGUGGAGAUGGAACUCCACUCAUCCUUUCAGACAUAUUGGGUUCUGAAGAUGCAUCAGGAGAUAUGGAUUUCAAGGUACUACUUUUUAAAUUGUUUCUAUCAUCUUCCUAUCACGUGUUUCUUGAAAAAAGGUAUCUUUACAUAUUUAUGCCAAUUCAUCCGUGUUUGAAGGUCCUUGUAAUUUAUGAUUUGUGAUUGAAUAAAAUGAUUUUAGAACUUUUGCAGUUCAAUGAUUAUAGCUAAACUAGUACAGUGAGCAAAUCAGAUGAAGUAUUGGAGCGGGUUUCAUGUGCCUGCAACUCUGCCUUUACUGUAAAGGCUGUUUGGUUAGUUAGAGGAUCUUUGGAUAUCUGGGAAAAGAUAAACAUUGAAAAAGUAACCACGUAAAGCAAACUGAGGAAAACUUUUAUCUUAUGCAGUCAAUAGACUUAACUAAUGUGGGAUUCUAACACCUCUCUGCACGCCUAGGGCUGUACAUAUGGAUGAUCAAUAAUAUAACAUGGGUGCCAACCAUCGGGUAACACAAUAAUAGCUAUGUGUCUGGCUCAUGUUAUAAAAAUAUCUUGGAUUUAACUCAACCCCAAAACCUAACUCAUGAGAUAAGGAUUGUCGGAGACCGUAUAAAGUGACUACAACUCAUUGCUUCAACCAAUCUAGGAACACUCUAGCAACCGGGGCUUUACUAAUAGUCUUGGUAGCGCCCCUCUUAACUCUUUUGUGUUCUUCAAAGACAUCUCAGUUUUCGACUUUUGUUAACUUCAUUAAACACUCCUUUUUACUUUUGUAGCUAUUUGCACCUUCUCAUUCCACCACCUAAGUCUCGUGGUUGAGGUCCUAGGUCUUUGGACACACCUAAAACUUCCUGCUUUCGUAAUGCAAGUUGCCAUUUCAUUGCACUACAUCUGCUUCCAAGUCACAGUAGUCCUUCUUCAAAAGCUUGUCCUUAAAUACUAUUUGGUUUGUGUUGUCUGGUGCUCACCACCAAAUUCUUGGUUGCAUGCAACUGUUCUCCUUUCUUGUUCCACUCUUUCGCUUCGCAUUCAGUUUCACCCGGCCAUGUUGCGUGAUCAGAGCUUCUCCUAGCAUAACCGUCUGGUCUUUCCAUAUGGUCCUAUACUUCUUCCGGUAAGAAUGAAGUCUAUUUGGCUGCAAUUAGAUAUGUGUUAGCUAAAGAUAAAUAAAAAAUUAAGGGAAUCUCUAAGCAGUGUUUUGGAGAGCGCGAAGCGGAAAAAAGCGAGGAGGCCUCGCUUCACCGAAGCGAGAAGCGCGAAGCGAAGCGCGCGCUUUUUUCAUGUGAAGCGCAAUUUAACACAUAAAUAAAAAAAAUUAAAUAGGCAUAGAUAAAUGACCAAGAACUCAAUAAAAAUAACAUAUUAAGCAAAUGUUUCAAUUCUUAAAUCAAGAAGUAAAUAAUAGAUACUAAAACUAGAUAGUCAAUAAUCCUCAAAAGUCAUAACAUAUUAAGCAGAUGCAAAACAAAAUCACAAAAGGAGCAACAUCCUAUUCUUUAACAAGAUCUCCAAACUCUUGAAGUAUCAUCAUGUUCGAGUUAUUAUAUUGGUCAUCUUCUUCUUCUUCUUGUUCAUCGGGGGCUUCAUCAAUUAGGCUUCACAAAAUGACUAUUUUUUCAUUUUUUGCUGUUCAUUUAUCCAUCAUAAUGGAACAACCAUAAGUUCUCCAUUGCACCUUAUGCUCCUCGACAAUCUUGUUUGUCUUCUCCACCUCCUUUUUUAGACAAGGAACUCUUACUUCGUGAUAGGUAAGGGGCUUCAUUCCUAGGCCAUAUUGGCCUACAGCCUCAAUGAAUUCACCAAAACUAUCAGUGUAAUUUACACAAUUAAAAGGGAGCCCCGCAUCAUACAUCCACAUGGCAAAAACAUCUACAGCGCGCUCUCUUAAAGCGUAGAAGCAAGGCGAGGCGAGGGACCUGCGCCUUUCUGCCCUAAAGCGCGGCUCUGGUAAAUAAGCGCACGCUUUACCCUAAAAAGCGAGAAGCGAGGCGAUGAAAAAAGCGCUGAAAAGCUCGCUUAAGCGAGGUCCAACGGCAGCCUAGGGUUUUUAAAAAAAAAAAUUGCAAAUACACUUACGCACACUACUUCCAAAGAUAUGAAUACCUUGAUCCAAGAGAUUCCAAAUUACCAACAAAACUUUAUUGGGAUAGAUUUGAAUCGACAUAUGGGUAGAUAUAGUGUUGUUCCUACUUAACAUAUGAGGAUAUAGUGAUGGUAAAAGAAAUACAGAGUGAAAGGCUAUUCUCAUAACAACAAAAUGGUUUUGUUGCGAUGACUACUGCUGCAAUAGCUACUGCAUCGUCAAGCCGCACAUCGCCGCACCGGCGAUGGAACCGGCAGAAAAGCUCGAAAUGUUUUCCGUCGUGGGCUUUAAGCGCUGACAACAAAAAAUGUUCUUCUAUCUGGCCACGCUCAAUUUGCAGCGCUUUGUUAGUGAGGACAUUUCGGUCUUGGUAGAAGGAACUCCUGACAAUGAGAGAUUUGUGGUCACAGAGGCAUGGAAGCAUUUUGACUUGUGCAAAAAUUAUAUCUUGAGUUGUUUGGAAGAUGGCCGGUACAAUGUUUAUAGUGUCAUGAAAACUUUGAAAGAGUUCUGGAACGCUCUUGAAAAGAAGUACAAGAUUGAAGAUGCUGCACUUAAAAAGUUUGUUGCCGCGAAAUUCUUGGACUUUAAAAUGGUUGACAACAAGUAUGUUAUAACUCAAGUCCAAGAAUUGCAAGUCAUCGUUCAUGACCUCCUUGCUGAUGGUAUAAUUAGAAUCAAUAAUUGUAUUAAAGAUAUUGAUUAUGCUACUAAUUAUAAAUUUAUGAUUGAAGGUAUGGUCAUAAAUGAAGCGUUUUGAGUUGCAACCAGUGUUUUUAAGAGCGAGAAGCGCAAAAAAGCGACAAGGGCUCGCCUCGCUUC